GCUGUAAUGUUUAUGUAAACUUCCGAUCGUUACCUUCGCACAUGUUUUCAUCGAAUGUUUUUUUUGCCUCUGAUAUUUAUAUUAAUUAAUUAUAAAAUUUAUUUUCCAUCGAUUGUGAUACGAUCGAACCGAAAUGUCUCAUUAUAAUUUCAAAAAAAUAACUGUGGUGCCCACUUCCAAGGAUUUCAUCGACAUCGUGCUGUCGAAAACACAACGGAAGACGCCGACAGUCAUCCACCGACACUACCAAAUAGGCAGGAUCAGGCAGUUCUACUGCAGGAAAAUAAAGUUCGCCCAGCAAGCCUUCCAUGAUAAGUUAUCCCUUAUCUUGUCCGAUUUUCCUAAAUUAGAUGAUAUACAUCCUUUCUAUGCUGACCUGAUGAAUGUGCUGUAUGACAAGGACCAUUUCAAACUUGCCCUUGGACAGAUCAACAUGGCUAUGCAUCUAAUUGAUAAUGUUGCCAAGCAGUAUGUAAAAAGUAUUAAGUAUGCAGACUCACUGUUCAGAUGUAAAAGGUUGAAAAUAGCAGCUCUUGGAAGGUUCUGCACAAUAAUGAAGAAGCAAGCUCAGAGCCUGUCAUACUUGGAACAUGUGCGCCAACACUUGGCCCGUUUGCCCUCCAUCGACCCGAACACGAGAACGAUCCUUCUCUGUGGCUUCCCCAAUGUUGGGAAGUCUAGCUUUAUUAACAAGAUAACAAGGGCUGAUGUUGAGGUCCAACCGUACGCCUUCACCACAAAAUCAUUAUUUGUCGGACACACUGAUUAUUCCACUCUCAAAUAUCAAGUGAUAGACACACCUGGAUUGCUAGAUCGUCCUCUCGAAGAACGAAACACGAUCGAAAUGCAGGCAAUCACGGCAUUGGCCCAUUUAAGGGCCCACAUAGUUUACAUUGUCGACCCUUCGGAACAGUGUGGCUAUACUUUGAAAGCGCAGAUUGACCUGUUUGAAAGUAUGAAGCCAUUAUUUGCUAACAAACCUAAGAUGGUCUGCCUGAAUAAGUGCGAUGUCAGGAAGAGGAGUGAGUUGAGUGAGGAGUAUAAGGAAUUGUUGAAUGGCUUAGAGAAAGAGGGCGUAAAAUUAUUUGAGAUGAGCACCUUAACUGGUGAGGGCAUAUCAGAAGUUAAAAAUGACGUCUGCAAAACUCUGCUGGAGUACCGAGUUGAGGCCAAGGUGAGGGCCAGAAAAGUGAACGAUAUCCUAAACAGACUGCACGUGGCUAUGCCUCCAAAUGGCUACAAUAAGAGCAGACCACCUGUUGUACCGCAGAGAAAGAUGGACGUUACAGAUGCCAAGAAAAAAACGGAGAGAGAUAUACAGUUAGAGGAAGGGGAAGAUUAUUAUAUGGAUUUGAAAAAGAACUACUUGUUGAAAAAUCCGGAAGAGAAAUAUGACGUCAUUCCGGAAAUCUGGGAAGGGCACAACAUUGCAGACUUCAUCGAUCCUGAGAUCGAAAGGAAGUUGGAGGAGCUGGAGAGAGAAGAAGAAAUGAGAGAGAGGGCAGGAAUGUACGAUGAUGAUGAGGAGGAAGAAGAUGAGAAUGCAAAAGUCAUCAGAUUGACCGCCGAAAAGAUUCGAGAGAAGCGGAAGUUGAUGAUUUUGGAGUCACGUGAGAAGAGGAGGGUGGAAAAACCCAGACUGCCCAGAGCCGGGAAAGUUGUCAACGAUCAGGGAGAGGAGGUGGAUAGAUCGAGGAAGAGAAAGCGUGACCAAUCAGAGGGAAGUAAGUCGCUGGUCAGAAAGAGAAGUAGGUCAAGUUCAAGGGUCACGCCUAGGGAUAGAUCCGGAGUGAGAGAUGAUCAGAUGGCAGAUAAAGCAAGGAAGCUAGCGAAGAUGGCACAGAGAAAGUUGAAUUUGAACGCGCGCAAGGGUGAGGCAGACAGGCGCCAUCUUACCUCCAAACCGAAACAUCUCUUUGCCGGAAAGAGAAAGAUGGGCAAGACCGAUAGACGUUGAGUCAUUGGUCAAUAAGAUCUGUAAAUUUAUUACUUACUCAUCUUUCCUUUGUUAAGAAAUGAAUAAAUAAGUAAAAAAGGUCCGCACAU